AUGGCUAAAGUUAACGCCGUCGGUAUUGAUUUGGGAACAACAUACUCCUGUGUCGGAGUAUUCAUGCACGGAAAGGUCGAAAUCAUCGCCAACGACCAAGGAAACCGCACAACUCCAUCAUACGUUGCCUUCACCGACACCGAACGUCUCAUCGGAGAUGCCGCCAAGAACCAAGUCGCCAUGAACCCACACAACACAGUCUUCGACGCCAAACGUCUCAUCGGACGUAAAUUCGACGACCCAGCAGUUCAAUCGGACAUGAAACAUUGGCCAUUCAAGGUCAUCUCAGCCGAAGGAGCUAAGCCAAAAGUUCAAGUCGACUACAAGGGAGAAUCCAAGAUCUUCACACCAGAAGAAAUCUCAUCGAUGGUUUUGUUGAAGAUGAAGGAGACCGCUGAAGCUUUCCUCGGAAGCACCGUCAAGGUUAGUUUUGAAACUUGAUAUUCCAGCAAGUUUGCAGGAAUAUUCCAUGAGGAAAAAAUAAAUAAACAAAUUAUUUUUUCAGGACGCUGUUGUCACUGUCCCAGCCUACUUCAACGACUCUCAACGUCAAGCCACCAAGGAUGCCGGAGCUAUCUCUGGACUCAACGUCCUCCGUAUCAUCAACGAACCAACCGCCGCUGCUAUCGCUUACGGUUUGGACAAGAAGGGAGCUGGAGAACGCAACGUUCUUAUCUUCGAUCUUGGAGGUGGUACCUUCGAUGUUUCCAUCUUGACCAUCGAAGACGGAAUCUUCGAAGUCAAAUCGACUGCUGGAGACACCCAUCUUGGAGGAGAAGAUUUCGACAACAGAAUGGUCAACCACUUCGUUGCCGAAUUCAAGAGAAAGCACAAGAAGGACUUGGCUUCCAACCCACGUGCUCUCCGUCGUCUUCGUACCGCUUGCGAAAGAGCAAAGAGAACCCUCUCUUCCUCAUCCCAAGCUUCCAUCGAAAUCGACUCACUCUUCGAAGGAAUCGACUUCUACACCAACAUCACUCGUGCUCGUUUCGAAGAACUCUGCGCUGAUCUCUUCAGAUCCACCAUGGACCCAGUCGAGAAAUCACUCCGUGACGCCAAGAUGGACAAGAGCCAAGUUCACGACAUCGUUUUGGUCGGAGGAUCCACCCGUAUUCCAAAAGUCCAAAAAUUGUUGUCCGACUUGUUCUCCGGCAAAGAACUCAACAAAUCCAUCAACCCUGAUGAGGCUGUUGCCUACGGAGCCGCUGUUCAAGCCGCCAUUCUCUCCGGAGACAAAUCCGAAGCCGUCCAAGACUUGUUGCUCCUCGACGUCGCUCCACUUUCCCUCGGUAUCGAGACCGCUGGAGGUGUCAUGACUGCCUUGAUCAAGAGAAACACCACCAUCCCAACCAAGACAGCUCAAACCUUCACUACCUACUCCGACAACCAACCAGGAGUCUUGAUCCAAGUUUAUGAAGGAGAACGUGCCAUGACCAAGGACAACAACCUUCUCGGAAAAUUCGAACUUUCCGGAAUCCCACCAGCACCAAGAGGAGUUCCACAAAUCGAGGUAAGAUUCGAAAAAAUUCUUCAAAAGUUUACUAAAUAAUUAUUUUUUCCAGGUUACCUUCGAUAUUGACGCCAACGGAAUCUUGAACGUCUCCGCUACCGACAAAUCGACCGGAAAACAAAACAAGAUCACCAUCACCAACGACAAGGGACGUUUGUCGAAGGACGACAUCGAAAAGAUGGUUGCCGAAGCCGAGAAAUACAAGGCCGAUGAUGAACUCCAAAAGGACCGUGUUGCUGCCAAGAAUUCUUUGGAAAGCUACGCCUUCAACAUCAAGCAAACCGUCGAAGACGAGAAGGUUGGUUUUUUUCCUCAUUUUUUUAGGAAUUCGAAAAUUUUCAAGAAAAAAUGUAUUUUCUUCAAAAUUCUAAACCUAAUUCGAAUAUUUUUCAGCUCAAGGACAAGCUUUCCGCUGAAGACAAGAACAAGAUCGAAACCAAAUGCGACGAAGUUCUCAAAUGGCUCGACAGCAACCAAACCGCCGAAAAGGACGAAUUCGAGCACCAACAAAAGGAACUCGAAUCCAUCUGCAACCCAAUCAUCACCAAAUUGUACCAACAAGCCGGAGGUGCCCCACCAACUGGAGCCCCAGGAGCCGGAGCCGCCGGAGGAGCUGGAGGACCAACCAUCGAAGAGGUCGAUUAA